AUGUUCAAAAAGGAAAACUUACGGAAAAAUUUUCUGCGAGUGAAGCAGAAUAUCGACCAGAAUCUGGGAAGAGCUGAACAGUCUAAAGUAUUGACAGAGGACCAAGAGGAGAAUGAGAAAAGAGUGGAAGCAGUCAAACAUGCCUUUCAGAACAUUACAAAGAAAGCAGCGGCUGUCCUGCAAACUACAGGCACCACUGAUUUUGACAAAAAGCUGAAAAAGCUUCCAGAGACAGCACUUAGCAAUGCUAUACUAGAAUCUGCACAGUCUUUGGGAACAGACACUUUGCUUGGCUCUGUUUGCCAACUCACUGGCGACUGUCAGAUGAACUUGUCUCGUGAACAAGUUCAGUAUGAGGAGACAGUUGAGCAGGAGUUCAUCAUUCCACUGCAGACAGUUGUUGAUGUUGACAUACCCAGCAUAGUGAAAUGGAGAAAAGCAUUAACAAAGGCAAUACUUGAUAUGGACUCUGCUAAAAAUAGGUUGAACCAGAUAGUGAGACAGUCACAAGUGCCUGGCGCUAACAUGACUAGUGCUGCUGCCAAAGCUGAUGUUGUCAAGGAUGAAUAUGAGGAAGCCACUCAGAAAGUUGAGAACAUUAAGGACAACUUAUCCAUAGAACUGUGCAAUUUUGCUUCCAAAGAAAGUGAGCAGAGCAGCAGACUGUUGAUUCUUCUUGAGGCUCAAGCCAGCUAUCACAGAAGAGCACUGGAAAUAAUAGAAGAAUGCAUACCCCACGUUGCAUUCGCAAUAAAAAACUCUUCAGCCAAGCCAUGUUAUGGAAUGCCUCUAGAAGAACACCUUCGUCUGAUGUGCCGUGACAUAGCCUUGGUAUUAGAAGCUUGUAUAUUAACUCUUUUAGAAACGGGCAUUGAAGAAGAGGGUUUGUUUAGACUUGCUGGAUCUUCAGUAAAGUUGAAAAAGCUGAAAGCUUGUUUUGAUGCACAUUCUGUUGAUAUGGAAGAAUUCAGUACUGAUCCACACACUGUUGCUGGCGCUCUAAAGCAGUACCUGAGGGAGCUGCCAGAACCCUUACUCACCUUUCAGCUAUAUGAUGAUUUUAUUCAGGCUGCCAUGUUGCCACAAGAUCAACGCUUGCAAGCUUUGUGGAGUGUAAUACAUCAGCUGCCUAAACCAAAUUACAACAAUUUUAGAUAUCUGAUAAAGUUUUUGGCCAAACUGGCAGAAAGGUGCGACGUCAACAAGAUGAAACCUAGCAACAUAGGUAUUGUCAUUGGACCAAAUCUCCUGUGGUCAGAAAGAAGUGAUGCGCCAAACAUGAUGUCUACAGGACCAGUUAGUGGCAUCAUUGAAACAGUGGUCACCCAUGCAGACUGGUUUUUCCCAGGAG